UGUUCAUAAACAAGAGGAUUAAAAAAAACAUUAUUUCCCAAAAUGCUUUGCGGCCCCGGAAGUAUCCWGCCAGCUCACCGGAUAUCUGCACGCGGCGCCCUGAGCAGGCCCUUUUCCGUCUCAGAGAAGUGUGGUACACAACGGCAGGCACAAUGACUGAGUGGGAGACUGCCCCAGCUGUGGCUGAGACCCCUGAGAUCAAGCUUUUUGGAAAGUGGAGCACUGACGACGUUCAGAUCAAUGACAUCUCCCUGCAGGAUUACAUUGCUGUGAAAGAGAAGUACGCCAAGUACCUCCCGCACUCUGGAGGACGUUAUGCCGCCAAGCGUUUCAGGAAGGCCCAGUGCCCCAUCGUGGAACGUCUCACCAACUCCAUGAUGAUGCACGGCCGCAACAACGGCAAGAAGCUGAUGACCGUGCGCAUCGUCAAGCACGCCUUCGAGAUCAUCCACCUGCUGACUGGAGAGAAUCCUCUUCAGGUUUUGGUCAACGCCAUCAUCAACAGUGGACCCCGUGAAGACUCCACCCGUAUUGGUCGCGCUGGUACCGUCAGGAGGCAGGCGGUGGACGUGUCGCCUCUCCGCAGGGUCAACCAGGCCAUCUGGCUGUUGUGCACAGGAGCAAGAGAAGCUGCUUUCAGGAACAUCAAGACCAUCGCCGAGUGUCUGGCUGAUGAGCUGAUCAACGCAGCCAAGGGUUCAUCUAACUCUUACGCCAUCAAGAAGAAGGACGAGUUGGAGAGAGUGGCCAAGUCCAACCGUUAAAACAUGUUUGCUUUCUAACAAAACAAAUAAAUUUGAAGAAAUUUCA